GCUAUUUAUAACCAUCAUUGUGAGCAAUGUGGUUGUGGACAACAGCUGUUACUGUGCUCUCAGUGUCUCUAGCUCUUUUUCUACACAGAAGAGAUCCUCUACCCAUCUAUGGUAUCUACAGAAGACCUGGCAAGUUCUUCUUCUUCAAGUAUUGGAUAUUUAGAUUUAUACUGUACCUGAGAAAGAGACAAACAAAGAAAAAUGCUGGGUUUGGAUUCUUCAAUAAACCAGCUGAGGAGAUGGAUAAAGCUCAAGAACUGUCUGAUUCUCCAAAGGCAUUUGAUGCAGUAUUUUUUCAUGCAGUAACUCAAGAUGGCUUUUAUGUCAUAGCAGGCAGUGAACGCAGAAAACACAACAUUGUCAAUGGUCUAUUCUAUGUGGUGGUACCUGGACUAGGUCUAUUGUGUAGUCAUAAAAUACCUGACACUGUACUGUUUGAUGCCAAAGAUGACACUUUUGGAGCUGAAGGAAUCUUGGCACAGCCUCUAGAACCGAUGAAAAAAUGGAAACUAUCCUACUCUGGAGAAAUGUGGCUUCAUAUCAAUCCUACUAAACAAUACAGAGUAAUGUUUAACGGUGUUUGGACUUCAAAUAUGCCAAUUUUCAAUUUUGACACCGAUUUGAAUCCACAUCUAGUAGCAUCUGCUAUUGCUAAUGAAUCCUGGACUCCAAGCUAUUUCAGGAUGCUUAAAAAAGCUCACCAGAGUCACUAUGAGCAGAUGGGACAGAUGGAAGCAACCUUGGCAGUUGAAACCGAGACCUACAAGUUGAGUAACAUGGCUGCCUUUCGUGACCACAGUUUUGGUAGAGAGAGGGACUGGAACCUGAUGCACCGCUACGUGUUCCACAUGCUGUUCCUGGAGGACGGGACAAGAGCAGCUGUGGGUGCCAUCUGUCAGCCUUCUACUUGCUCUGUUUUGCAGACAGGCUAUGUAUACAUGCCAAGUGGAGAGAUGUGUACUCUGGAAUGGUGCGACUUUAAAUUGUACCAGCAUGGAGAGUGUGGCAAUCCACCUAAAGACUACGCCUUCCGUUUUAAAGCAGGUGAACGAGUAUUCUGUGUUCAGGUGGCGGUGGAGCGGGAAUCUGUCCACUAUGUGGGGUGGCGGUGGGAAGCUCGGAUGGUGGAGCGGUUUGUUACCUACAGAGUAGACGGUGUGAGAGGGCGUGGAGUGAGUGAGUGGCAUUAUCACAGCUCCAGGGGACGUCCCCUCUCUGCUAGCAACCAGGAUCCAGCAUGGUUCUCUGAAGUCAUGUCCGAGUACUAUACUCAGAAACUUUGAAAACACCGAAAUCACAUCUCUUAUAUUACCUAAAAAUAUUUUUAUAAAAUAAAAGAAGAAAUGCAAUAUCAACAUGUAA